CUCUCUGCUUCUCAGGCAUGAGGAAGCGUUCGAAGUGCCAACCUGUGUGCCCCAGUCUCCACUAUAAAGAGCAUAAAGUCAGCCGGAAAACUCUGCGCUCCAGAACGUCGCUCCUAGGGGCACCCCGCGACCCAUCGCACGAACAAACGAAAUUUGAGCCACAGCGCCCCCUGGCGGAAAGUGGGUCCGCACUGCGCGGCGCCGGAUGGGGUCCUCUCCAGAGAGGGGUUUUCCUGGGCCCUGGCGCCCCGAAGUGAAGCCCGAGGCUGGAGGCAAUGGCUGGAGACGCCCCCGACCCCGGGCUGCUCCCCACCUCCCGCCUGCACGCAGCGACUGCAGCCCAGCCAGGCUCGCGAGGUAGGGAGGUCCUGCGACGCGGUCUCGGAUGAUGGAAGAUGACAGACUGGCUUGGGACGCAGAGCCCAAGGCGGGGACGGAACCGGGCCUCGGCUGCCAGCACCGCGGUCACCAGGUCCAGCGUCUGCUCUUAGCAUCACCUGGCCAAGCCACGGCUCAGGGAAAUCAGUCCACGGGCAGAGGCAGAAGCUUAGGAGCCCGCAGACCCAGAGUCAGUUGGACCAAGAGACCCCCUAGAUCAGCCUUCCCAGACCCACAGAGCCCAAGUCUCCAGCCCGGGAGACUCUUUACCCAGAGCCCUGCACGAAGAGGGACCCUCAGGAGGAAAUCCCGCGCCCCUCCAGGACGAUGCCUGUGUGCAGCCAUGCUCCUCCCAGCUGCUCACCUCCUGCCCCUCCUGCUGGUGAUAGGCGCAAGGGAGGCCGUGCCCAGCGCCCAGUCACCUCCCCACGGCUGCUACGUGGCAGAGGAAGCCGGUGAGCGGACCUUCCGCUGCAGCCGGGCAGGCCUGAGCGCUGUGCCCCCAGGCAUCCCCAACGACACCCGCAAGCUCUACCUGGAUGCCAACCGGCUGGCGUCAGUGCCUGCCGGCGCCUUCCAGCACCUGGCCAUCCUGGAGGAGCUGGAUCUGUCCCACAACGUCCUCGCGCACCUCUCGGGGGCUGCCUUCCAGGGCCUGGCGGGCACGCUGCGCCACCUUGACCUCUCUGCCAACCAGUUGGCCUCUGUGCCCGUGGAGGCCUUCAUGGGGCUGCAGAUCCAAGUGAACCUGUCCGCCAAUCCGUGGCACUGCGACUGUGCCCUCCAGGAAGUGCUCAGGCAGGUGAGGCUGGCGCCGGGCACAGGGACGGGCAUCGUGUGUGGCUCUGGAGCCCGACCAGACCUCGUGGGGCAGGAGUUCCUGCUGCUGGCCAGGGAGGAAGAGCUGUGUGGCAUGGGGCACGGCGGGGCCCAGCGGAGCACCGACGUGGCCCUGCUGGUCACCAUGGGGGGCUGGGUGACGCUGGUGGUGGCAUAUCUGGCCCACUACGUGUGGCAGAACCGCGAUGAGAGCCGGCACCCUCUCAAGCGGGCACCAGUGCUGCCUGUGCGCUCGGAGGACUCGUCCACUGUCAGCACAGUCCUCUGACAGCCGGGGAGCCCCAGGAUCCCAGCCCUGCGCCCACCCCUCUCCUUCCUCUCCUUCGGCUCCUCCUCUGGCUGCCAUGAACACCCACUCUCUGUCUCUCUCCCUCUGUCUCUGUCUUUCUCUCUCUGUUUCUAUCUCUCUGUCUCUGUCUCUCUCUCCGUCUCUGUCUGUCUCUCUCAAACACACACACACCAUCACUGGUGUCUGGAUUCUAGGGGGGGUUCCUCUGUGCCCGGAUUGUGCUAGACUCAGAGAGCCCAAAGUUCCCAGGUCCAAAUUUUGGAGGAGGAGGCAGUGAGAGAGGGAGGGGACAGGGGUCAAGCUGGAGGCGAGGCCAGAAAGCUGGGGUGCGGCUACAUGGAGGACACUGCGGGUCCCCCUCUGCCUCUCCUGGGGCCCUCCGCUUGGUUCUUACUGACCCCGCUCCUGUGCCUCUGUUGGGAGCCCUGCGUCCUCUCCCCCACCCCUCUGUCAUUUCCUGUGUACCCUGAGGGAUUUCCUGUGCUCAGUCCCUUCCAGCAACAGUGGCCUCCUCUAAGACAGAGCUUAGGAUGAGGGCAGAAGAGCUGGGAGCCUAGAGCUUCGCCAGGCACCUCAAUAAAGUCCCUCUUGUGACCGCUCUGA